AUGAGCACAGAUGAUGCGAUAGUACUUGCUGUUGCUCCUGAAGCUCACUCUUUUCAGAAGCAGCCGCUGCACUACUUCGACUACUUCCUGAAAAUGGACUGGGAGGCCGCUUUGGCAUUGCAUUCGUCACAAGGAGGGGUCAGGUCGAGCCCCUACUCUCCCAGAUUCACCGUGGCACCUUCCCAGAUCCGUGCCAACUCGUCGAAGGUGCAUGCGGCUGUCGAUGGUGACAAGCCAGAGCCUGAGCGGAUCUUCUUGGACUCCGAUGUCGCCUCGUUGGACAACGAGCAGAAGGCUCCGGCAUCUGUGGCCAAGAACCGAGUCAUCGGCGGCACCGUGAAGAUAAGGGAGUUCAGCUCGGAGGAAAUUCCCGCAGACGGCCAGUGGCCACUUCUUGUCAAAGUGAAACGGCGCUACAAAGGGGACCAUGCGGAGGAACCGAAGUUCAAACAGCUCGAGCAGCUGUGCGAAGAGCUCCGGGAGAGGCUCUUUCACGAGGUUCAGAAAACACUCUUUGCUUGGCUGGAAGAGUAUCGGGACUACUGGGCACCCGGCAGCUUGCAGUCUGAGUCGCCACGCGCCUGUCGCGUUAUGUUGACAAAGACUGUCGUGCGCGAUAUCGUGGCUGGCGGCGUCUCCACAGCGGCAGUGUCGGCAGUGCUAAAUCCAAUCGACGUGGUAAAGACUCGAAGACAGGUUGGCAUUCCGCGAACAGCGUUGCAGGAGGUCCGUGCUGCUUAUCGACAGCAUGGUGCCUGGCAAGGCCUUUGGAGGCCUGGCUUGACUGCCUCCCUCCUUCGAGAGCUGCUGUACAGCGGGUGCACAAAGGGUCUGUAUCCGCUUGCGCGAGAUCUCGUCUCGCCUCGUGACUCCGAGCCUCACUUAGGUCAUCGAGUAGCGGCCGCAGCCGCCACAGGUCUGGGUGGCUCCCUUUGCGCGAACGGCCCGGAUGUCGUGAAGGUGCGACUGUUUGCAGAGCCUGGCCGCUAUCCAGGAUUCUUUUCUGCUGCCACGGAGAUUGCCCGGAAUGAAGGCUUUGUGCGAGGCCUCUUGGUCAGGGGCGUCAGUGCCUCGGCACCGCGAGGUGCCGCCAUCGCCAUCGGAGAGGUAACGACCUAUGACCAAACCAAGACAGCGCUUCGCAGGCACUGGCCAGGCGUCGAGAGUGCUGCUCGUGAUGGCCGGCGCGAGCCAUUUUCCCUGCAUGUCGCGACAUCCCUGAUCACAGGAGUAGUGGCCACAACUGUGGCCGCGCCCUUCGACACGCUCAAGAGCUGUGUCAUGGCAGAUGAUGGAACACGCUUCCCGCGGGGCUUCCCGGAUGCCUUGAUGUCAAUCAUACAGUCCGAGGGGCCUGCGAGUCUCUUCCGCGGCUGGUGGCCGGCAUACUGCCGCCUAGGACCGCAUGCCAUCCUGACGUUUCCGCUCCUGGAGCAGGUGCGCAAAGCCCUCGGCCUGCAAUACUUCUAG